AUGGGGAGCAGGAGGUUGGAGGAGCCUCAGGAUAAUCCUUCCCACUUUGAUUUCUCCUGGAAGAUUUUUCCUGGGAAUUUUUUUCUUACAAAUUCUUUUUCCUGGAACUUUCUCCUGGAAUUCCUUCUCACUCCAAUUUCUCCUGGGAAUUUUUUUUCUUACAAAUUUUUUUUUUCCUGGAACCUUCUCCUGGAAUUCCUUCUCACUCUCUCUUCCCAAAUUUACUUUUUUUGGGAAUCCCACUCACCCAUUAUCCCAAAUUUUUCCAGCACAAUCCCUCUCGCUCUGCUUUCUUCUGGAAUUUCUUUUUUUUUUUUUUUUUUUUUUUUUUUUUUCCCCUGGAAUUUUUUCUUGUCAAUUUUAAUUUUUUUUCCCUGCAAAUCCUCCUCACAUCCCCUCUCAUCCCAAACUUUUCCUGGAAUUUCUCGUGACGUUCCCAUUUUUUUUUUUUUUUGUUUGUUCCCAGCCGGUGCCUACGUGGCCCUGACCCUGCUGGGAUCCCCCCCUGGAUCCGUGGGAAUUUCGGGAUCCCAGCAGGAGCCAGAAACUUCUGGAUGUCCCCAAGGUUCCCCCAGUUGCCCAUUCCCAGUUCCCCCAGUUCCCCCAGUUUUCCCCCAGUUCCCCCAGUUGCCCCAGUUGCCCCGGCUGUCCCGGCAGGACCCGGACGUUCGGCGUCACGCGGCGCAGAUCCUGUGGAACAUGCUGCGCCAGGAGGAGGCCGAGCUGCAGCGAUUCCAGGAGCUGCAGCUGCGGAACCCGGGGAGGCGGCCGUGGGGGGAGCAGCUGGAGGGAGCUCGGCGCCGCCUGGGCCAACUGCAGCUCAAGAUCCUGCAGGAGGAUUUGGGAUUCCGGGCUCUGGAAGGAGAAGUUUUCCCCCAGCUCCAGGGAGGUUUUUUUUCCAUGGAUUCCCAGGAUGGGGACCCGGGGCUGGAAUCUGGAGAGGUCGGGAAUUCCGGAUUUUCCGACGCCGGAAGCCCCCGGGGCUCUCCCGACUUCCGACGUUUCCCCACGGAUCAGGGACCCCAAAUCAUCGGCCCCGAGGAGGAGAUUGAGCCUGGGAACGCCGGAAGUGAGAGUGAUUCAGUGUUCCAGGAUUUGGGAAUUCUCAAAUCCCACCCAGCUCACCUGGGAGUUUUCCUGAGGUUCCUCCUGUCCCAGGCUGAUCCCACUGCUCUGCUGUUCCAGCUGUGCUCCGAGCUCUGCUGCCGACUCAGCAAUCCCAGGGAAUUCCGAGGCCUGGCCAGGGAAAUCUGGAACCUUUUCCUGGACGGCGGCGCCCCCCUGCGGGUGAAGGUGUCGGAGCAGCUCCUGACGGAGAUCGAGGGGCGCCUGCGGAGCGGCGAGGACGCGCGGCCGGCGCUGAGGGACGCUCAGGAAUUCGUCCUGCCCCAAAUCCGGGAGCAGCUCCGGGAUUACAGGACCAAGCGCACGCUGGGGCUGGGCAACCUCUACGGGGAGAACGAGCUGCAGGAGCUGGAACGGGGAAAUUCCCGACGGGAUCCUCGGGAACGCCGGGAACGGGAACGGGCCCUGGCCGAGAGACUGCUGGGACAGCUCGGGGACAUCCUGUCCAAGUACGAGGAGGAGCGCAGCUCUGCCAUGGCCUUCGCCCUCAACAUCUUCAUGGCCCACUCUGGGAUCCGGCCCCGGGAAUUCCGGGAAUUUCGGGAAUUCCGGAACCCGGGAGCCUCCGAGAAAAUCCCGGAUAAGGACAAGUGGCUUCCCUUCUUCCCCAAGGCCAAAAAGGUGGGAAUUCCGAUUAUUUUAUUUUUAAUUAUUUUUUUUUCCCAACAGAGCAGCAGCUCCAAGAAGGAGAAGGAGAAGGAGCAGAGGCAGAACCUGAUCCUAAAAUACAUCGGGAAGCCCCGGAGCUCAUCCCAGAGCACAUUUCAUGUUCCCCUGUCCCCCGUGGAAGCCGUGCGCCCCGGGAACGUCCGCACCAUGAUCCGGCACUUCGAGAACAACCACGGAGACGGCGACGGAGACCGGGAGCCCGGGACGGGACCGCAGCGCCUGUCCACGGGGAGCGUGCCCGACGGAGUCCUGGAGCACGGGAGCCCCCGUCCCGGGGUCCGCCUGGGGCGCUCGGGGAGCCUGAAGGGUCGGGGGGAGCUGAGGGGGUCCCGCGGGGCCGAGCCCCCCGUCCCUCGCUCCCGCAGCGACGCCGAGGUGGACGCGGGGGCCGAGACCCCCCGGCUGCGCUCGGCCUCCUCCUCGGCCUCCAGCCUCUCCAACAGAUCCCUGGAAAAUCCCACCCCCCCCUUCACACCAAAGAUGGGGCGCAGGAGCAUGGAUUCUCCCAGCCUUGGUUUCGGGGCCGAUCCUUUCCUCCCAAACCUCCUGGAGGACGAGCAAGGCCUCGGCCCCGACCCGGAACCGGAUCCCGAUUCCCAGAGCUGGCAGCACUCGGUGAGCCGGGAGCUCGUGGCCAACCUGACCCAGAGGGAGGUGGAUCGGCAGGAGGUCAUCAAUGAGCUCUUUGUCACCGAGCUGUCCCACCUGCGUGUCCUGCGUGUCCUGGACUGUGUCUUUUACCAGCGCCUGCGCCGGGAGCAGCUGCUGAGCCAGGAGGAGCUGGGGCUGCUCUUCCCCAACCUGCCCGAGCUCAUCGACGUCCACAUGUCGGGAAUUUGGGGAUUUUGGGAUUUCGGGAACCCACAACAUCAGGAAUUCGGGGAUUUCGGGAACCCACAACAUCAGGAAUUUGGGAAUUUCGGGAUUUCGGGAACCCACCUUGUCAGGAAUCCGGAGGCCGAGAGCAACCCGCAGUGCCGGCGGCUGCAGCUCAAGGAUCUGAUCGUGUCCGAGAUGCAGCGGCUCACCAAGUACCCGCUGCUCCUCGACAGCAUCAUCAAGUGCACCCCGGCCGGCUCCGAGGAGCAGCAGAAGCUGUGCCGGGCUCGGGAGCACUGCCGGGACAUCCUGCGCUUCGUCAACGACGCCGUGCGCGGCGCCGAGAACCGGCAGCGGCUGCAGGAGCACCAGCGGCGCCUGGACACCACGGCCCUGGAGAGAACCAGCAACCCCCUGGCUGCGGAAUUCCGGAACCUGGACCUGACCUCACACCGGAUGAUCCAUGAGGGGCCCCUGACCUGGCGAGUGGGCAAGGACAAGAGCGUGGAGCUGCACGUGCUGCUGCUGGAGGAGCUGCUGGUGCUGCUGCAGCGGCAGGACGAGCGCCUGGUGCUCAAAUGUCACAGCAAGGGAGCCCUGGGAGCCUCCUCGGACACCAAGCAGAGCUUCAGCCCCGUGCUCAAACUCAGCUCGCUGCUCGUGCGCUCCGUGGCCACGGACAAACGGGCCCUGUUCAUCAUCUGCACCUCGGAGCUGGGACCCCAAAUCUACGAGCUGGUGGCACUGACGUCCUCGGAGAAGAACACGUGGAUGGAGCUGCUGGAGCAGGCGGUCCAGGGGGCCACCAGGAGCAUCCCCGGGCCACCAAAACGGCACCAGAGCGAGGCCAGCGGGACCACGGGCUCCGGGCUGGUGCUGCCGGAGCGCGCUGUGUCCCCAGGGCUGGCACGAGGAUCCGAGGCUGAGCCCGAGGAUUGUCCCACAGCUGGCGCUGUCCCCACGCCCUCGGGCCGGGCCCCUCCCCCUCUGGAGCUGCCUGGGGAUCCGGGAGGUGCCGGAAUUGGGGACCCCGACCCCAAAUCCCCCCGGGACCCCGACCCCGACCCCGGGAUCCCCAAAUCCCCGGCGGGAACUGGAGUGGCCGAGGCUGCGCUGGAGGACGUGGAGACCCUGCGGCUCCUGAUUGUCCGGAGGCUCCGGCCGGGCCGCGAUCCCGAUCCCGAGGACGACGUCACCCCCACGCCCUCGGUGGCCGGAGCAGCCUCCGGCCAGGCCUGGAAUUUUGGGAUGUCCAGCCGGGAAUUCCCAACGUCCGCUUGGGAUUCGGUGCUUUCCAGACGGGCUUUGGGCAUGUCCGGUCGGGAAUUCCCAAUGUCCAGUCGGGAAUUCCCAGUGUCCAGCCGGAAUUCAGCGAUGUUCAGUCGGGAUUUCCCAGUCUCCAGUCGGGAUUUCCCAGUCUCCAGUCAGGAAUUCCCAGUCUCCAGUCGGGAUUUCCCAGUCUCCAGUCGGGAUUUUCCAGUCUCCAGUCGGGAUUUCCCAGUCUCCAGUCGGGAUUUUCCAGUCUCCAGUCGGGAUUUCCCAGUCUCCAGUCGGGAUUUUCCAGUCUCCAGUCAGGAAUUCCCAGUCUCCAGUCAGGAAUUCCCAAUGUCCAGCCGGAAUUCAGCGAUGUCCACUCGGGAUUUCCCAGUCUCCAGUCAGGAAUUCCCAGUCUCCAGUCAGGAAUUCCCAGUCUCCAGUCGGGAUUUUCCAGUCUCCAGUCAGGAAUUCCCAGUCUCCAGUCAGGAAUUCCCAAUGUCCAGUCGGGAUUUCCCAGUCUCCAGUCGGGAUUUCCCAGUCUCCAGUCAGGAUUUUCCAGUAUCCAGUCGGGAUUUUCCAAUCUCCAGCCAGGAUUCAGCGACGUCCAACUGGGAUUUUCCAAUGUCCAGUCAGGAAUUCCCAAUUUCCAGCCGGGAUUUGCCGAUGUCCAGUCAGGAAUUCCCAAUUUCCAGCCGGGAUUUGCCGAUGUCCAGUCAGGAAUUCCCAAUUUCCAGUCGGGAUUCAGCAACGUCCGGCCGGGAUUCGGUGACGUCCAGUCAGGAUUCGGUGACGUCCAGUCAGGAAUUCCCAAUGUCCAGUCAGGAUUCGGUGAUGUCCAGUCGGGAUUCAGCCAUGUCCAGCUGGGAAUUCCCAAUGUCCAGUCAAGAAUUCCCAGUGUCCAGUCAAGAAUUUCCAAUGUCCAGUCAAGAAUUCCCAGUGUCCAGUCAAGAAUUUCCAGUGUCCCAUCAGGAAUUCCCAGUGUCCCAUCAGGAAUUCCCAGUGUCCAGUCAGGAAUUCCCAGUGUCCGGCCGGGAUUUCCCAGUAUCCAGUCAGGAAUUCCCAGUAUCCAGUCAGGAAUUCCCAGUGUCCGGCCGGGAUUCGGCCGCCCAGGAGGGAUCCCGGGAAGAGCCGGAGCUCAGCGGGAUCCAAAUCAAACGGAAAGCCCAGGAGGAGGGGUCAGAGAAGGCCACGCCCCCUCACGGCUGCAGCCAAUCAGAGCCCGAGCUGCGGGAAGGAGGCGGAGCCAGCACCGAGGGGAAUUUUUUCUACCUGAGCCUCCCCACGGGACCCCCCCAGCCAGGAGGGGACGUCGGGGACACCCCAGGGGACGUCGGGGACGUGGAGCUGAUCCUGGGGACCCUGGAGGGGCUGCGGGGGAAACUGCUGAGGCUGAGGGCCCUGGAAGUCGCUCACCGACAGCUGCUGCGCUCGCUGGGGGGGAGCAGUGCCACCGCCCCCGACGUCCCCAACGCCGUCCCCAGUGUCCCCAGUUCCGACAGCCCCGCUCACCUUUAA